AGCUUGUAGUAAACAGAGGUGUGCCGGAUCAGUGCCUCACUGACACCCAAGCAGUUGCUGUCAACCGUUUUAGGGGAAGGAACUAGACUGAGACGCACCGAAAUGUCGAUUACCCUUGAGGAGGAGAUCUUCGGCCUGGCCGUGAAUCCGUUCACCAAAUCCCCGGAAAUGGUGCGCCGGUUUACGCUGAAGAACUCCAAAGGAAUGACCGUUUCGGUGAUCCAACUGGGGGCAAUCAUCCAGAGCGUCUGCAUGCCUGACGCCUACAAGAAGGUGGAUGAUGUGUGCCUUGGGUUCGACGACAUCGCCAGUUACGUGGCCAACAAGGGAGCAUACAUUGGAGGAACCCUCGGACGAGUGGCAAACCGGGUGGCGAACGGCGAGUACACAGUAAACGACACAAAAGUCUCGGUGACGAAAAACAUUCAGGACAAAUUCCAGCUACACGGUGGAUUCGUGGGAUUUGACAGCGUCAUCUGGGAGGUUGUGCAGAAGUCUUCCGAGGGCGUGGUCUUCCGACACGUAUCGCCGCACGGUCACGAGGGCUAUCCGGGCAAGCUAACAUGCCUGAUCACAUACCAGUUAGACAAUGAGAAUCGAUUGUGGGUCAGGUACGAGGCUACCACAGAUCGCUCAACUAUGGUAAAUCUCGCGAGUCAUGCCUACUUUAACCUGGCGGGUCACGGAUCCGGAGCUAAGGGUCUGGCGGAGCACACGGUGGAGAUUGCUGCCGAUCACAUUGUGGACACGGACGAAUUGCAGAUCCCCACCGGGAAGUUAAUCGACGUUAAGGACACCGUCUUCGAUCUCAGGUUGCCCGUACUGAUGCGCGACCGGCUGAUGCAGUUUGAGGACCGUUUGAUUAAGGGCUACGAUAACUGCUUCGUGGUCAACGGAGGACAACUGCAGAACAGUGUCGCCAAGGUGGCCAAGAUUGUGCAUCCGCAGUCUUGCAGGGUGCUGGAGGUCUGGACCAACCAGCCCGGCAUGCAGUUCUACACCGCUAAUAAUUUAACCUCGAUAGUGGGCAAGAAUUGCACUCAGUAUGUGAAACACGGCUCGUUUUGCGUGGAAACGGAGAAGUUCCCCGAUGCCAUGAACCACCCGGAGUUCCCGUCGAUCAGUCUCGAGGCGAACGAGAAGUACCGGCACGAGGUCCUCUACUGGUUUAAGGUCGAGGAGUCCUGGAAGUGCUGCUGCAACAACGACCCGUGAGCGUUGCCGUCGUUUCUCUUAAAUAAAGCUGGAUAAUUACCCUGGUUCCCAACCCCAAA